UGAACAAGGAAGUAAACAUAUUUAUCCAACGAUUGUCUAAUACUGCACAGACGGUCAGGGCUCGUCAGUUGAAGGUCUUGAGAAACAUGAUGUCAGGGCACAGCUGCUUGGUGUAUGAGAUCCCAGAGAGCCUGAUAAUAGAAAUACUCCUACAAGUUCCAGCCAAAGAUAUUGUACAGAACUGCGUGCUUGUAUCUCGUCAGCUGAAUGAUAUCAUCGCCAGCCCCACACUGUGGAAGAGAAAAUGUAAACUGGAAGGGAAGUAUAUUCCUCGUUUUGUGAAGCCAGAAGAUUUCAAAAAGAUGUAUUUCUUUAAUCCCUACACAAGAAAUCUGAUCAAGAAUCCAUGUGCACAGGAGGGAUUACAACACUGGCAAGUGAUGCGAAAUGGAGGCAAUAACUUCAAAGUGGAGACAGGUCAUCAUGGAUGUCAGGAUGUAACUCAAACAGAUAUGGUUCAAGAGUGGCCAGAGCGGAAUAUAAAUAAGUGGGCCACGUCGUAUGGGCAUUGUGAGAAAAUGCAGAGAAUUAACCUCGGGGAGGAGGGUGUGGUCGCGGAAGUGUUGGACACGAUCAAACCAACCAUCUACAUCUCCGAGUGGUUCGCUGCACGACAAGACUGCGCAUGUCACUAUGAGCUGGAGGUGAGGCUGUUGUCUGGUGACGAGCAAGAGCUGGACAGAUUCACCUUUGAGGAUAAUGUCCCACAGUGGACUUCAGGAGAGUGGACAAAGAUGCAGCAUGUGUUUAAAGACUAUAAGGCUGGCGUUAGGUUCAUUGAAUUCCGACAUCUUGGGGUUGAUAGGCAGUUUUGGGCCGGACAUUACGGACCAAAGUUUACUCUCUCAUCUGUGAAAUUUAUGUUUGACUAAUGCAGAAUAGUUAAUCUCAGACUCUGUAUUUUCAGAACUAACCUGAGAGAGCAAUAUCGACUGGUCGCCAUAGCAACCGUUAGUUAUCAUGGUAACCACAAACAUGUGAUAUUUGGAGAUGGAGGUGAAUACAUGUAUCCAACUGAUAUUCCUGAAUAAUUUAUCGUCAAAAUAUUAUCUGUAGGAAUGAAAGACACUUCAGGAAGUGAAAUUUGAUUAAUAGAAUAAUAACACAUAAUAACUACAGAUUUAUAUAGCGCUGGUAUCCAGUUCGAAGAACUGCUCAAAAGCGCUACAUUUGAGUCUACACAAAAAAGAGGCAUUACACAGCUAGGAAAACACAAAGCCUCAAUACUCCAAGAAAGAUUUGGUGAAAAGAUAAGUUUGAGUCUUGAUCGGAACAAAGUAGGACUGUUAAUGUUCCUGAUAUCCAAUGGCAGCCUAUUCCAUAGCUCAAGGGCAACUUUGGUGAAACUCCGACCUCCAAAAGUCGCCGUUCUAACACUAGGCACAGAGAGCAGGGACUGGCAGCUUGAUCUGAGAGAUCUCCCAGGCUAGUUCUCUUCAAGAAGCUCGCUGAUAUAAGUUAGUCUUUGAUUGUGUCUCGCAUUGAACACAAUCAGCAUCACUUUAUACUGGAUUCUCUCAUUGAUUGUGAGCCAGUGGUGGUUCCGUAAAAUCGGUGUGAUAUGGUCAAACUUUUUGGAUUUAGUAACAAGCCUGGCAGCACAGUUUUGACCUCUUUGAAGUUUUGUCAAAAGGUUAUGAGGAAGGCCGAUAAGUAGAAGCUCGCCUAUUGUAUGUUAUUUGAGAAGCUUGACAUAUUGUGAAGGUGGUAGUGGUUUGAUUUGUUGACAAUUUGUGUUAUUACUGUAUUGCUUAAAGUUUAGGUAUCAUGGAAAAUAUUUAUAGAUUUUUCUUACAUCCUUAUGUAGGUAGUGUGCAGUACUAUAGGAUGACCGAGAAAACAAGUGUGAAUACCAAACCUUAGUGAGUGAGUGAGUAUAGUUUUACGCCGCUUUUAGCAAUAUUUCAGCAAUAUCACGGCGGGGGACACCAGAAGUGAGCUUCACACAUUGUACCCAUGUCGGAAAUCAACCCGGGUCUUCAGCGUGACGAGCGAACGCUUUAACCACUAGGCUACCCGACCGCCCCAUCAAACCUUAGUUGUUGCGCCAUAUUUUGAUGUCUGUGUUUGUCAGAACCAAAACGAAUCUUAAUUAGCACGGAUGGCUUGCCGGCAAGCUGAUUAGGUAUUAGAAUUGUAGGGAGACCUGUAUAUAUAUAAUACAGGUAUGGAUUCCAUGUUUGUCAAGAGUAGUGAGUGAGUGAGUAUGGUUUUACGCCGCUUUUAGCAAUAUUCCAGCAAUAUCACGGCGGGGGACACCAGAAAUGGACUUCACACAUUGUACGCAUGUCGGGAAUCGAACCCGGGCCUUCGGCGUGACGAGCGAUCGCGUUAACCACUAGGCUACACGACCGCCCCUUUGUGCAGAGUAUGGUUGGUGGGGACGUGUCAAGUAGCCUUGAUUUAACGUGAAUUACAUUAUUCCAUCCCAAGAAUAAUGGAGUUCAUUUGUGGAUAGGAGAAUGUCAAAGAGUUAAAAACGGUGAAGAAAAGGUUUGCUUGAACGGAGACUUGCCUGUUUGUGUAAUUUUGGAGGUAGCUUGUGCGAUGUGUAAUGUUGGGGGUAAUUCCUCCAAUAAGACCAUAUAUAGAACCUCGGUGUAUAAAGGCUCCUCCUCCGAUGUAUUUGCAUUUCAGCCUUUGAUAUUGACAAGACAGAAGUGCAAAUAAACCAUAUUUACGAAAUCUGAACUGUUUUGGAAGCUAGCAUCUAACUUGUUGUUGUGGUUCACGUGCCAGUGUAAACAAGCAUUUGUAUAAAACGAUAAUCAAAUCGACACAUUUGGCAUAAUGUUUUUAACAAUAUGGUUAUAUGUGAAUAAAUGGGCUAAAGUACUGCUUGUCUAAUGUGAUGCAUGUAUAUAUGAUCAAUUCUUAUGUCAGGCAUGUCAUGUAUAUAUUCAGUUUAUAUCAUCACGCCAGUAAACAAAACUGAUACGACAA